AUGUCUCAUCAAUACCACAGCGACGAGGGCCAGCAAUACGGGUACAGCAGAAGCGGUCAAUAUGGCCUCUCGCAGCAAUCCUUCCAGUCGUACACACAUCAUCUUCUCCCGCCUUACAAUCAUCAUUCCGCUGAUCCUUCGUCGCUAAAUUCCUCGUACAACUCGUCUCAGUCUGUGUACCCGCAGUCGCCUCCAAGCUCUCUCUCUUCUCCCGCAUAUCAGUAUCCCCAGCAGUACGUGGCUCGGUCGGGAUGCCCCCCUUCAAACCGAUUUUAUUUCCACGAUUCUCUUCGAGAGGUGGAGAUUGAGAGCCAAGAGUCAUUCAAUGAGCACACCAUGCAAUCAGAGCCUGUCUUGCCGCCUCUUGAAGGGUUUCCGGACGUUAGGGAGUUUGAUCAAUUGAUGAAAAGUUAUGUGGACGAUCUAUCCGUGAAAAAGCAGGACAAGGCCUUGAUUCACUCGAGAAGAGCGCGAAAUAUUAGAACUGUGCUAUUAGAUCCCAAAGACACUGCCGUCGAAUCGGCACAAUUUAGAUUCUGGGUGAAGAAGAUGUUUAAACUCGAGCCCAACGAUGCCCGAACACCUGAGGUAGCGUCUUCUUUUCUUCCACUCCUUUAG